AUUUGUGGACUGGCCGGUCUAUAUAAGUGAACAACCUUUGCUUGAAUCUCACUGCAAGAAACAAUAAUACGUUACAUCUAAUAUUAUUCACAAUUUCUGAAAAAACAAGUCCAAUAUGAAUCAUACAAAGGAAUCCAAAUUGUCCAAGCCACAUGCACUAUGCAUUCCAUUUCCAGCACAAGGCCAUAUUAAUCCUAUGUUCAAAUUAGCCAAAAUUCUCCAUGUCAAAGGCUUUCAUAUCACCUUUGUUAACACAGAAUUUAAUCAUCGUCGAUUGUUAAAAUCACAGGGUCCAAAUUCCCUGAAUGGCUUUCCUUCCUUUCGUUUUGAGUCCAUCCCUGAUGGACUCCCUCCCUCUAAUGAGGAUGCCACACAAGACGUUCCGUCGUUAUGUGAGUCAUCUAAGAAGUCAUGUUUGGCCCCUUUUAGAGACCUUGUUACGAGACUAAAUGAUAAUUCCAGUUUCCCUUCUAUUACUUGCAUAGUUGCUGAUGCUGCUAUGAGCUUCACUCAACAAGUUUCUGAGGAGUUAGGUGUCCCUAAUAUUGGCUUUUGGACUGCUAGUGGUUGUUCCUUGUGGGCUUUCAUGCAAUAUCCUGAACUUGUGGAAAAAGGUUACGCUCCGCUAAAAGAUGAAAGUUAUUUAGACACGAUUAUAGAUUGGAUACCUGGCAUGAAAGGCAUUCGUCUAAAAAACUUGCCAAGUUUCAUCAGAGCCACAGUGGAUGAACCAAGCUAUAUUAUAAUGAAAUUUAUAACGGAAGAAAUCGUGGACAAAAUUCCCAAAUUCUCUGCACUCAUUUUGAACACUUUCGACACAUUAGAGAGUGACGUUUUGCAACAAAUAUCAACUUUGUUCCCUGAAGUUUAUACAAUCGGACCCUUACAUCGCUCUUUGUUGAAUAAACAAACUCAAGAUGAAUACUUGAAAUCAAUCGGAUCAAAUCUAUGGAAAGAAGAUACUCAUUGUCUCGAAUGGUUGGACACGAAGAAAUCAAAUUCCGUUGUUUAUGUGAACUUUGGAAGUGUUACAGUGAUGAGCAAUGAGCAGUUGAUUGAAUUUGCGUGGGGACUUGCAAAUACUAAAGUGAAUUUCUUGUGGAUCGUUAGAUCACAUUUAGUCAUGGGUGAUUCGGCCAUUUUACCACAUGAAUUCCUUGAGGAGACUGAGGAAAGAGGUUUAUUAGUUGGUUGGUGUCCUCAAGAGCAAGUUUUAAGUCAUCCAUCAAUUGGAGGAUUUUUAACUCACUGUGGAUGGAAUUCAACUUUCGAAAGUAUAUCAUUUGGUGUGCCCAUGUUGUGUUGGCCUUUUUUUGCAGAUCAACAGACAAAUUGUUGGUUUAAUUGUAACCGUUUGGGUGUAGGGAUGGAAGUCGAUAGCAAUGUGAAGAGGGAAGUGAUUGAGGAACUUGUGAGAGAGUUGAUGAUUGGAGAAAAGGGUAAAGAGAUGAAAGAAAAUGCAUUGAAGUGGAAAAAAUUAGCUGAAAAAGCUUCCAAUUCUUCAGAUGGAUCAUCUUAUAUGAAUUUUGAGAAGUUUGUUAGCCAUGUGCUAUUACGAAAUGGUCUUUCACUUUAAUUGUCUUCUAUAAGCUUUGUGAAUGUCAUGUUUUUGUAUUUGAAAUAUUUGGUUAAAAUAAACUUUUUCUUUCUAGCUAUAAAA